AUGUUACAGAAGAAAAGACUCUCCUCUGGGCUCACGGCCACACAGAAAGUUUUCGUCAGAUCCAGAAAUGGUGCAUGUACAAAAAUUGUUCGGGAACACUAUCUUCGUACAGAUAUUCCCUGCUAUUCAAGGCUCUGCAAUAUAUGCAUCACCAAUGUGAAGCCAGAUGCGCAAGGAAAUCUUCCUGAAUUUAUUUUGCUGGAUCUGCCUCAUGAGCUCAAAUCUGGCGGUAAACAUUAUGUUGCUCUUGAUACAAACGUCAUCUUGCAUGCCAUUGACUUGUUGGAGCAUGUCGAUUGCUUCUAUGAUGUGAUUGUCCCACAGGUUGUGCUUGAAGAAGUGAAAAACAGAUCGUUUCCUAUUUACCAAAGAGUCCGUUCGCUUGUGAAGGCUGCAGACAAGCGGUUCGUAAUAUUUCACAACGAGUUCCACGAAGACACUUACGUACAGAGAAAGAAGGAUGAGUCCAUCAACGACAGGAAUGACCGGGCAAUCCGUAAAUGCGCUUCCUGGUUUAGAAAUCACUUGAAUGAAAACAACUCCAAAAUUCCAAUAAAUGUCAUCUUGGUGUGUAAUGACAAGGAUAACAGAGACAAGGCCCGUAAGGAUGGUACAGACGCUAGAACUCUUGUGGAGUACGUGGAAGGAUUGACCAACGGAGAUCAGCUCAAGGACUUGAUACCUAAUGAACAUGAGUCCUUUGACAAGAACAAGGCCGAGAUCUCCUUUCCAGAAUACUACACCAGCUCUAGAACCAUGGCUGGAAUUAAGAAUGGUACUUUGUACCAGGGUAUGUUGAACAUUUCUACAUACAACUUUUUGGAGGGCACAGUUCUGACGCCUGCUUUCAAAAAACCGCUUUUGAUCGUGGGAACAAAAAAUUUGAACAGAGCGUUUAAUAGCGAUUCUGUCAUUGUUGAGUUGCUUCCACGAGAAAAGUGGAGAGAGCCUUCCUCGACCAUUAUUGAAGAAGGAGCCAUUGGCGCAAAUGAUAAUGCUGAUGAAGAGUACCAAGAGAAUAUCAUUUCGGACAAAGAACGUCGUAUGUUGGCUGCUGAAGCAAUAAAGGCAAAUUCUGCCUCCGAGGAGAAGCGCUUGCAACCCACUGCACGUGUGGUGAGUAUUGUAAGAAGAUCUUGGAGGUACUAUGUUGGCCAGGUUGCACCAUCGUCAGUUUCUGUCGAAGAGGAUACAGGAAACUCCUCCAAAACUUGUUUCGUCAUCUUGAUGGACAAAGUGUUGCCGAAGAUCAGAAUCAAAACAAGAAAAGCCAAGGACCUUUUAGGGCAAAGAAUUGUCGUGACCGUUGAUUCAUGGCCUUCAAACUCAAAAUAUCCACAAGGCCACUUUGUUCGUAGUCUUGGUCCAAUUGAGGGAAUAGAGGCUGAGAGAGAAGCAUUACUUUUGGAGCAUGAUGUCGAAUAUAGACCAUUUUCCAAGGCUGUAUUAGACUGCUUGCCAAAGGAGGGAGAAAACUGGGCGGUUCCUGAGAAUUUGGACAAUGGAGACGAGCAAUUGAAAAAGAGAGUCGACUUGCGCGAUAAGCUUGUUUGUUCAAUCGAUCCAGUCGGCGCGCAAGAUAUUGACGAUGCCUUACACGCCAAACAAUUGCCAAAUGGGCAUUUUGAGGUUGGUGUUCAUAUCGCCGAUGUCACGCAUUUUGUGAAGGCGAACACGGCAUUAGACCACGAGGGUGCAUCCAGAGGCACAUCAGUGUAUUUGGUUGACAAGAGAAUUGAUAUGUUACCAAUGCUCUUGGGUACCAACUUGUGUUCGUUGAAACCGUACGUUGACAGAUUUGCAUUCUCUGUUAUCUGGGAGCUCGACGAAAAUGCUGAUAUUGUCAAUGUUAAUUACAUGAAAUCCAUCAUCAAGUCCAGGGAAGCAUUUUCUUACGAACAAGCUCAAUUGCGAGUUGAUGAUCCUACUCAAAACGACGACUUGACCAAGUCUAUCAGAAUCUUGUUACAACUUUCCAAAAGAUUGAAACAGAAAAGAUUGGAUGCAGGUGCAUUGAAUCUUUCUUCCCCAGAGGUCAAGGUGCAUAUGGACAGUGAAACAUCAGAUCCAGGCGAGGUUGAGAUUAAGAAGUUGUUGGAAACCAACUCCCUUGUCGAAGAGUUCAUGUUGCUUGCCAACAUUUCUGUCGCCAGAAAAAUAUAUGAUGCAUACCCUCAAACUGCGAUGUUGAGAAGACAUGCGGCUCCCCCAGCAACCAAUUUCGAAGCUCUCAACGAAAUUUUGCGUGUGAGAAAACCUGGAAUGUCGAUCUCGUUGGAGUCUUCGCGAGCUCUCGCUGACUCGCUAGACCGCUGCGUCGAUCCCGAAGACCCAUAUUUUAAUACUCUCAUCAGAAUCAUGUCAACCAGGUGUAUGAUGGCAGCCGAAUAUUUUUCGUCCGGUGCAUAUGGCUAUCCUGAUUUCAGGCAUUAUGGAUUAGCUGUGGAUAUUUACACUCAUUUCACAUCUCCGAUCAGAAGAUACUGUGACGUUGUUGCACACAGGCAGCUUGCGGGGGCUAUUGGCUACGAGAACUUAGACUUAAGUCACCGAGACAAGGCAAAGAUGGAGAUGAUAACCAAGAACAUCAACAGAAGACAUAGAAAUGCGCAAUUUGCCGGAAGAUCCAGUAUUGAAUACUACGUUGGGCAAGUCAUGAGAAACAACGAGUCCUCACAAGAGGGCUACGUCAUCAAGUGUUUCAAUAACGGUAUCGUUGUUCUUGUGCCGAAGUUUGGUGUUGAAGGUUUGAUCAAGCUUGAGAUGUUAGGCGAUGUGAACUCUGCAGAAUUCGACGAGGAGAAGUACCAGUUAAGAUUUGUUGACAAAAAGGGUAACAAGAGAGUGGUGGGUGUGUUUGACAAGCUCCAGGUGGAGGUGAAAUCGAUCAAGGAUGAAGUCAGCGGAAAGAGAAAAGCUCAAUUACUUCUUGCCUAG